AUGGCAUUUUCAACUUCAUCUUGCUUCUUCACUUCCCCCAAUUUCUCCGCCAAUCAACACCCAUUAACGCCGUCAACCUCCGCCAGAAGCGCCAAAUCUCGGAUUUCAGCCACUUACGCAACCGCCACUCCCAGAUCUUCACGCAUUGCUACUCAACAAUCGUCACUAUACGAAGUGCUCGGGAUCCAAAUCGGAGCUGAUACGGUUGAGAUCAAGGCUGCGUACCGGAGAUUAGCGAGAGUUUUGCACCCGGAUGUAAGAGACCAUGAUUCGUCAGCGGAUGAGUUCAUGAAGGUGCAUUCUGCCUACGCUACGUUGUCGGAUCCAGGAAAACGAGCCGAUUAUGAUCGGAGUCUGUUCGGGAGACAGAAAGUGGCUGUUAGGAGUUCGUCGUCGUCGGGAGAAUUCACCGGAUACAGUGGCCGGAGAUGGGAAACAGAUCAGUGCUGGUAG